AUUCGCUUAAUUUGUUUCGAAUUAUUGACGAUUCGAACCCAAUCUGUAAGCCCACCCGUUAACAGCUCGAACCGAAGUCAAUCCGCUAGACCCGUUUUCCCACUACGAACUCAGUCCGCCCAGAGCCCAACCAUCGACGCAGAUCGAAUGGCGUCGUUCCCGACUACCGUCGAAGCAUAGCUGGCUUCCGGCGCUGAAACUGAAAUUUUCCGGCGAGGAGAAGAAGCUGAAAUCGUUUCCAGUAGCUAGCGUCAAAAUCAAAUCACACGAAAUUGAUGCAAUCAAUAGGGAAAAUGGAAGAGAAGAUGGGGAAGAGAGGCAGGGCGGCAGUGGUGGUUCUGGGGGAUCUGGGCCGCAGCCCUCGCAUGCAGUACCAUGCCCUUUCCCUUGCUCGUCAGGCGUCUCUGGAGGUAGACAUUGUUGCAUAUGGAGGUACUGAUCCCCACGUUGCAGUUUUAGAGCAGCAAUCUAUUCAUAUUCACAAAAUGACGCAAUGGCCAACAAUCCCACAAUCUCUACCAAAGAUACUUCAUCCCUUCAUGCUUUUGCUCAAGCCCUUGGUCCAGUUUUUUGUGCUUUUUUGGUUUCUCUGUGUCAAAAUUCCAUCACCUGAUGUUUUCAUAGUGCAGAAUCCACCUUCUGUUCCAACCUUGGUGGCUGUAAAAUGGGCAAGUUGGUUAAGACGUUCUGCAUUUAUUGUUGAUUGGCAUAAUUUUGGACAUACUUUGUUGGCGUUAUCUCUGGGAAGAAGUAGUCGAUUUGUGGCGGUGUACCACUGGCUCGAGAAGCAUUAUGGGAAGAUGGCAAAUGGUUCCCUAUGUGUAACAAGGGCAAUGCGACAUGAAUUGGCUCAAAAUUGGGGAAUUAAGGCUACUGUUCUUUAUGACCAGCCUCCUGAAUUCUUCCAUCCUGCUUCACUUGAGGAGAAGCAUGAGUUAUUUUGUAGAUUAGGUAAAAAUCUUAAUCAGGCUCAUGGUGUUCGAGAUUGUGUAAGCAAUGGAACUAUGGGCAUGCAUAGCUGUGAUCUAGAGACUUUAUUUACCACCCAGGUUGGCAGUGACAUUUUUUUGAAACCAAACAGGCCCGCACUUAUUGUUAGCAGUACAAGCUGGACUCAAGAUGAAGAUUUUGGCAUCCUCCUGGAAGCAGCAGUUAUGUAUGAUAGACGUGUUGCUGCUAUUUUAAAUGAAGAUGAUUCAAUUUCAGAAGAUGCUGUUUGGAAUGAAAUAUGUGAUGGGAAGCAAUUCCCAUACCCAAGGUUGUUAUUCAUAAUUACAGGUAAAGGGCCUGAAAAAGAAAAAUACGAAGGAAAAAUUAGGAGACUGCACCUAAAACGUGUGGCAUUUCGUACCAUGUGGCUCUCUGCUGAGGAUUACCCAUUGCUGCUUGGAUCAGCAGACCUAGGUGUUUGCCUGCACACUUCCUCAUCUGGGCUGGACCUUCCAAUGAAGGUUGUGGAUAUGUUUGGUUGUGGGUUGCCUGUGUGCGCAGUUUCCUACUCUUGCAUCAAGGAACUUGUGAAGGUUGACAAAAACGGCCUCCUCUUUUCAUCAUCAUCUGAACUAGCUGACGAACUCUUGAUGCUAUUGAAGGGUUUUCCAGAUGAAUGUGAUGCUCUUAAGGUGUUGAGAAAUGGUGCCUUGAAAAUGGGGUCUUCUGCAAGGUGGGCGUCCGAGUGGGAAGAGCAUGCCAAACCAUUAAUAUCAGAGGUUCUUUCUCAAAACUUCAGUUGACAGUACUCUUCUCCAGCGGCUUCCGAUGAUGGCGGCUACCUAAGGUCUAUCUUAACAAACUGAAUGAGGUCACACGGCAGUCCCGGUCAAGUCUCAAAAUACGAUGAUUUAGAGCAGGUGAUGGACUACAGUUAUAUAAUAAAUCAAGUAACAUUAUAUCCCCGUGCCAGUUGAAAUGUUGUUGUGUUUUUAGAAUUUUACAAAAUAAAAAGAACUACAUUAUGUCUUGUUUGUAAUGGAGAAUCCUGAAAUGGGAAUUUGAAACUUGAGAUA